AAUCAAUCAAUGCUCUGUCUGGUCUGUAUUGUUGUUGAUUUUUGUAAUUUGUUUGUUGUGAGUUUUGUUUGUUUGGUGUUGGAUGGGGAUCUUUGAUUUUAAUUUAUAGUAAUUUCUAAAAGUAUGUUAACUAUGUGCAUUUGUUGAAAUAUUAAAUUGAUAUAUCCUUUGACGUGAUUUUGUUAUUGAAACAGAAGAUGUGAUCGAUUAUAACUGUUGUUUGUAUAAUGUUCCCUCAAUGCUUAUCAACAUGACCAAUCCAUUCGCCAACAGAAGCAAGUUUAUCACAGAAAUCAUGAAAUUUUCUUUUCACCACCGUGCAUUUUAUUGCUAUCUCGGUAUGAGCAUAUGGAUUUUUGUCCUUAUCACUGUUAUGUACAAAUACAUGUCAACCGGAGAGGAUAAUGCUGUUGUUAAGAAGGUUGUCCAGAGCGAGUUCAUGUCCAAAAGUGACUCCAAAUUCCGAAAGAUCUACCUUCGAGUGUGCAGUCCCCCUGACAAUAUUGUAAGGGGUUCUGAAGGAGUGGUGGACACUGACACAUGGCUCUUGCAAGGGGUGCUUGUUCUGACUCGACAUGGGGACCGUGGGCCAUUGACCCACCUGCGGGGAGGGGACAAGCUGCCUUGUGACACUGUGCCUGUUUCACCAUUGCUGAAAAGUUACGAGGAGUAUGUAACCAAUGCGAGUGGGUCAGGGCGCGCGUGGUGGGUGGCGGGCCCGGGGCCCUUUCACAACUUCCCGUCGCUGCCCCCGCGCGGGGGCACCACGCGCUGCGCCCUGGGGCAGCUCACGCCCAGGGGGCUGCUGCAGAUGUUGACUGUGGGUAAUAUAUUGAGAGAGGCGUAUGGUGCCAAAUUAGGGUUGGACGUCAUGGAUCCUCCAGGGAAAAAGGAUACAGGGUGGACGGUGUCGUACAGCACGCGCUACCGGCGCACGUUCCAGUCGCUGGGGGCGCUGUGGUGGGGCGCGGGGCGGGGCGCCGCGGGGGCGCACGUCUCCGCCGCGCGCGAGGCGCACAGCGUCAGCUUCUGCUUCAGGGAUUGCGCUUGCACUGCGCACGAGAGGCUCAACAAGAAAAUCAGCUCUCAAGCUAAGAACCGUUUGGAGUCGCACCCCGCGAUCAAGGAGCUGGUAACCAAACUGUCCAAGGUGUUAUUCGAAUCACAAGAGCAUACAGACGCGGAUGUGGUGAGGGACGCGGUGUUGGCGUACAUGUGUCAUGACGCGCCGUUGCCGUGCACCACCGCUGAGAAGUUCGGCGGCAAGGCUAAUCUACUCUUGAAAGGCCACAAAAAGUUCCGCGCCGAAAACGUUGGCCUCAGAAGCUUGCUAGACGUAGAUAUAGACACGCUAAACGUGGAACUGGACUAUAUCAACAACCAGCUCGACUUCAACAACGAAAUAGGUCGCAAGGCGAGAGACAUCAUCGGCAAAUACUAUGAUAGCAAAGACAAAAAGUCUCCUUUAGACUUCGACGCACAAAUGGAGAGGGAGAAACUGCUAUAUUACCAACAGAAAUAUAUGGACAAUGAUAUUUAUGAUGAUGUAGUUAUAGUGAAAAAGAAUCUGGACGCAGAUUUCAAUUUUCCCAACGAUGCAAGAAUGGAUACUGACUUCGAUGAAGACUAUAAAGAACCAACCGAAAGUACUGAAGAGUUUUGCGUCAAAAAAGAACACAUUAUGUCAUUAUUUGCCUAUUUAGAAUGGAGCUAUCGCCAAGAAAUUAAGAACGUACAUAAUAGAAGACGUGGUUUGUUGGUUGCAUACGGAUUGAUUCAUAACAUAGUACAAAAUAUGAUAAGAAUGAUCUCAGAGAACAAACCCAAGUUCGUUUUGUAUUCCGGACACGAUAAAACGUUGCAAGCAUUGAUUUUAGCGUUGGGUCUAAACAAUUAUCAGCAUUACAAUAUACAGUAUGCUUCUAGAAUGAUCUUUGAGGUGUACAGAAAGAGGGAUUUGCGCGAUGAAUUUAAAUUUACUAAAAGGAAAGCGGUUGCGCAGGAUUUUUAUUUCCGUGUCGUUUAUAAUGGUGAAGAUGUGACGAAUAAGCUGAGUUUCUGCAGACGUCGGCAAAAUGUGGUAAUGAAGGUCGUUGACCCGAUAGAUGACGUGAAAGUGUACAAUACAUAUCUGUGUCCUAUUGAGAAUAUAGUUAGGUUCAUACACGAUGACUAUUUUGCGACGUUCAACGCGAGUAAUUAUAAAGACGCAUGCGCGAGUUACGGGAAUAGUAAGCGUUUGUAAAUUGUAGGUGUAUCGAAUAUUAGUUACUAGUGACGUGCAUAGAUCUCUGCCAAGUGGGAAUAUUGUGAUAAAAAGUAUUCCUGGUUUUCCCAUAUACCAAAUUUUCACCAAAAGUAGUUGCUCUGUAAAAAUAAAUUUAUCGGUAUGGAAUGUUUGUAUUGGACAUUUCCUAGAUUUUGUCCUAGCGAUUUUGCGCUAGUAGAAUGUUAGAACUGUCAUAUUGUACAACACUGUCAUUUGAAUUUGACAGCUGGUCUGUGUGUAAAAUUUUCGACCAAUGGCAACACGCGUAGGUGCUGAUAUCUGGCGUGGCUGGUGUUCACGAUACCCUCAUCGUAUAGAUUUCAUUAGUCGCACGACCGUUACUUGGCUUUAAUUUGAUUAAAAGUAUCCCAUUUGUCGCGCCCCGUCAUAUUGUCGUCCGUCGAGAGAUAACGCAGAACAUCGCAGAAAUAGGGUAGUGGACAAGGUCAGACAAAGACAAAGAUUAUUUAUUUACAAAAACAUGAGUUUACAUUUUUUUACAAUGUGGUGUUAAAAGAAAAGCUUAAUCCUACAUGUUUCACCGUCCACGGGUAUGCAAAUUUAAAUGGAGAGCAUGCUAUCAUCCCACAAAACAAAAUCGAAUAAAUAAAAUUAACUAAAUUGUUAUCUAAAUCUAUCAUUAAAAAAAAUCGUUCAAAUUAUAAUAACAUGUAUCAAUCAGCAAGGACCUGAGGUGCUUUUUAAAUAAAUUUAAAUUCUGAUCUUUAAUUUGUUGUCGAAUUUUGCUAUAUAUAUAUAUAAAUUUUAGGUGCCAUACAUACAAUACUUUUACUGAGUAAUGCCGUUUUAGAAAUUAUAUAUUAUAUUAUAUAUUAUAUAUAUUACAUUUAAUAAAUAUUGCAACCUCAAGUAUGUAAAGUGAAGGAAGUGUUAGAAUUGUAUGUUGUUUAAAAAGCGGCUAACAACUAUCAAUAUUUUGUAUACCAAACAUUGCGAAUACAAUGUUUUUGCAUUUUGAAGGCUAAAUCCUUGUCUGUAGAAUUUCCCCAGAAAAUUAUUCCGCAUCUAAGAACUGAUUCAACUAAACUGUAAGAAAGGAUAUAUAUUGUAUACAGUAAGAAAGGAUUUCGUGUUUAAUUCAUUUGAUAACUUAAAUAAAACGUAGUAGCGCUACUAGCGCCCCUAGUGAUAAUAGCAGAAAGUAAAUUUACGAUUUUAAACUUUCACAGAAAAGUACUGGUUAAUAAGUUUCUAGGUAGCGAAUUUAACCAUUGAUAUUCGUGAAAUGUUUAUAGGAGGCGAAUUUCACCAUUGAUAUUAGUGAAAUUAUCAAUAAUUUUUAAGUAUAAGGAAUGUAGCUUCAAUAAUUCACGUUUACAAUUGAAUUUGAUUAAUUUUUAACACAGCAUGUCGAUCUAUCGUUAGGAUUUCGGGAAAGUUGUAUUUAUUAACAGGUCAUUGUGCAUAUCAAUAUGUUGUUAAAUGUAUAAGCAUUAAUAUUUAUUUUUAGCUUUAAAGAAUUAACAUAUCACAAUGACUUUCUUAAAUAACGAUUAAGAUUAUUUUUGCUUUAAAUUAUAUUGUUAUGUAAUCGUACUUUGUCGAGGCCAUAUUUGUGUUCUAAUUUUAUUCAUUAUUUAUUUUGAAAUGAGUGAGUCAAUUUAUUGGCCAUUCGAACAUUAAUUGCAUUUAUUAAUUGUAGGAAGAAAUUAUUUAGCAUUUAUUAUUUUCAUAAAUUUUCAACCAUACUUAUUUUUUGACUUGAACGAAUUAUAUUUUAUUGUAGAGAAAUGUACUUAUUAACAAAUACACACAAAUGUGUACAAUUUUACGGGUAUGGUGGUUAUUUAGAAUUACAAGUACAUUUUUAAAUGCGCGACUCAUUUUCUCUCAUCAUCAGUCAAAAUUGUUUAAAAAACAGUAAAGAAUUUGCUUUGAAAUAUUUGAGAUCUCAUAUCAUUUAAAACAUAUAUAUAUUUUAAGAAUUUGGCCCCGUUAAUUGGGUAUACAUACAUAUCUUGAUUCGUUUUAUUCAUGGACUCACUUUAAUUUUAUUAACUUAAAGACUUGUCUAUUAUCGUUGUGAUAAUAUGUUUAUUUAUAAUAUUGUUGAUUGUGAUUCUUUAUGUAAGUUUCAAUUAUAGCGAAAUAAAUAAUUAGAUCUGAAAUUAGAUUAUUUUGAAUUUUAAAAUAUUUUUUUUUAUUGUGUAAGUACACAUUUUUUUUAUUUAUACAAUUGUAUUUUUUGUAAGUUUUAUUAUUUAUUCAUGUAAUUGUACUUAAUAAUAAUGUCAUUGUCGAUUAUGUUAAUACAAAUGGGUGAUUCAACUUUUAAAGUACUCUUUUUUAUUUAUAUAUUACGUAUUAUUAGUAAGAACAGGGUCUAAUUGACCUAUAGACAUUGUUAGUGUUUAUAUUAAUAUUUUUUAAAUGUAUUUUUUUUGUAACAGCGCAGAGAAAUACCUAUUUAGAUUUUCACAGAAUCAUAUCUCAUAAUCUAGCUUUUGUAUUCUAAACAUUUACGGUAUCGAAAUCUCCAAUGAACAGGAGUACUAUAAAAGUUUAUUGGCCCAUAUUUUAACCCGUGGUUCGCGCUGAAUCGACACAAUAGAAGAUUUUUUGAGCGGCGCAUUUAUACCGGUUCGUAAGGUAGACGUUAAAACCAUAUUUAUUAUACCUAAAACAGUAAAGUUACAAAUUCAAUUGUUGUACACACACACACACACACACACAAACUACACAUCCACGUGUUUGAAAACUCAAAUAUUAUCAGUCAUUUUGAAUAAAUAUAAUGUACUGCCUAAACAGUUCUUUU